AUGAAAGAGCGCCGUCCGUCUCUGAUGGCACGACAGGGGAACAUGAGGGGGGAUGAAGGCGAGGAUGAGGCGGGGAGGAGGGGGGUUGUGGCGGGCGCGGGCAGACAGGGACGAAGCCCGCUCUAUCCCAGGACCGACCAACCACCCCUGGCGACUUUGCCAAGCGCUACAUUGGCAGAGCUGGAGACGGGUGUCUUAAGGCGGGCUGGUGUGCGAUCCGAAGGGGGUGACAGCGCCUUUGUGGUUCACAUGAGUGAGACAGACAGGAACGGAGCGGCGACGGAAGACUGUAGACAAGACAUGAUCGGAGAGGGGCAAGAUGGAGGAGGUAUUUAA